AUGCGGUGGGAUCGGUCGGGUCGAGAGUACGAAAGAAACGAUGGGAGUUCGGCGUCGGGUAGAAAAUAUGGUCAACAACAUGGAACUGCAUCCACGUUAAUAGCGAGUGAAAGGAAGGGAAACUGUGCUUUCUGCCUGAAGAUCCACAAACACGAGAACUGUGAGGGAGUAAAGGAUCCGAAGACACGAAAGAGUUUGGCUCGCAAAUACGGUAGAUGUUUUGUUUGUUUGUCUAAGGGUCAUAGAGCCAGUAGUUGUAAGGUCGAGAACAAAUGUAGUGUUUGUGAUGGGGCUCAUCAUGUUGCACUGUGCGAAAUGAGUCCUAAGAGCGAGGGUAAGCAUGACGAAAUACCCAAGCCUAAUGACGAAUGUAAAAACGUACCCAAUAACACGAAUGUGCAUGUGACUACUCCUAAUAGUAACUUGCAUGCUGGAACUGGUAGCCUGGUUGCCUUGCAGACUGCACGUGGCGUUUUAAGGGGGAAAGGGUGGUUAAGGUGCGGGUCCUCUUUGACGCGGGAAGUCAUCGUUCCUUUGUUACUUCCAAAGCAGCUGGUCUCGCGAAUCCCAGGGUAUAGAAGGGAAUUGUUAGGAAUUAAUACGUUCGGUCAAAAAUGCGUAAAAGCCGAGCACAGGGAAGUGGUUGAAUUAAAGCUUGAACCUCUUAACGGAAAUAAGGUUAUCACACUGGAAGCAUUUGUAGUGCCGGAAAUAUGUAGCAUAGGAAAUAGCCAUGUAGAGAUAGCACGGAGGGAGUAUAAACAUCUGGAAGGACCGCUGAGAGUACAAGACAUUGAGAGAGCGGAGCCAGUCCAAGUGAAUUUUGUAGCACAGAGAUUGAGUAGUGAAGACAGUUUGGAGAGUAAUGUGCAAAAAUUAUGGAGUUUUGAAGGGUUAGGCAUUAGUGAGGAAGAUAAGGUACAUGAAGAGUUUUUAGAUGAAAUAUCAUUUACAGGAAGUAGAUAUUCAGUCAAACUGCCCUGGAAGGAGAGCCAUAAGAAGUUGCCUGACAACUAUGCAAAUAGCUUAAGUAGAAUGAAGGGCAGUAUUCGCAGGGAGGCAGUGACCACUAAACUCCGGAUCGUCUAUGACGCAUCAUCCAAGGAAGGUAAGUCUGGGACAUCGCUUAACGACUGCCUACAUGUUGGGCCUUCUCUCAAUCCAUUAUUAUACAGCAUAUUAAUACGGUUCAGAGAAAAUAGGAUUGCUUUAGUUGGUGACAUAGAAAAGGCAUUUUUGAAUGUUGAAGUAGAUAAGGCGGAUAGAGAUUGUUUGAGAUUUUUGUGGGUCAAUGAUAUAGAAAGUGAUAAGUUGGAGAUAGUUGUUUAUAGGUUUUGUAGAGUAGUUUUUGGAGUGAAUGCAUCACCAUUUCUACUGAAUGCAACCUUAAGGCAUCAUUUAACAAAGUAUAACGAAAUAGAUGCUGCAUUUGUAAGAAAGUUGCAGGAAAGUUUUUACGUUGACGACCUGGUCAGUGGUGAGAGUACGGUAGAGAAGACCUUUGAACUUUAUGAUAAGGCUAAGACAAGAAUGGCACAAGGGGGUUUUAGAUUAAGGAAGUGGUUGACCAACAGUGAGGUGUUAAGGAGUAAACUAGAGAUUCACGAAAAAGAUCAGGGUUCGUCAGAACAAAGCAUCAAUGAUCAGGAAACAUAUGCUAGGUUAUCUUUGGGAGCAGUAGGGGGUGAGUCAAAGGGCCAUAAGGUUUUAGGGCAGGUGUGGGAUAACCACAAGGACGAACUGAAAUUUGAAAUUUCCAAGGUGGGAGAAAAGGCAGAGACGUUAUCGCCAACAAAGCGGAACCUCCUGAGCAUUUUAGCCAGUUUGUUCGAUCCUCUAGGGAUAAUAAGUCCAUUGAUAGUUAGUGCCAAGAUCUUAUUCCAGGAGGUUUGUAAUAGUAAGACGGGUUGGGACGACAGCUUUAAGGAAGAGCCUUUAAGAAAGUGGGAAAUCUGGUAUAGGGAUUUGAUUGAGACCAAGGAAAUCACUAUUCCUCGAUGCAUAUACCAAUCCAGCGGAAGAGGAAGUUAUGUCCGCAUGUUAACAUCAAAGGUAAGAGUAGCACCUCUUAAAACAACUAGCAUUCCAAGGUUAGAGUUAAUGUCUGCGAGGCUCUUAGCGCAGUUACUAAAGUCAGUGAAAGAUUCAUUAGAAAACCAGGUUAGUAUAGAUAAUACGAAGUUGUGGCUUGAUAGCAUGACAGCACUCUACUGGAUAAUGAACAACGGUGAGUGGAAACAAUUCGUCCGCCACAGAGUAAAUGAAAUCCUGAAAUUAACAAACAAGGAGGAUUGGGGACAUUGUCCUGGGGUGGAAAAUCCCGCGGAUAUAGGGUCUAGGGGUGUAGUUGCUUCACAAUUGAAGGAUAACAAGCUAUGGUGGGUGGGGCCUGAUUGGCUUAUUAGGUCUAAGGAGGAGUGGCCGAAAUUUGAGGCUGCUGCCAAAACAAGUACGGUCUUAGAAGAAGAACGAAAGUCUUCCGUAAUGGUCGUAGCUAGUAGUAAAGAGUUAGCUAGUAUAAGCAAAGUGAUAAAUCUGGAGGAUUAUGGGACAGCGGAACGACUUUUCAGAGUAACAGCAUGGGUACUUAGGUUUGGGUUCAAUGCACGAGCAAAGUCUAAGGGCAUGGAAAAGCGCUGUGGAGAAUUGACAGUAGAGGAGCUUGACGAGGCGGAAAAUAGAUGGAUUAAACAGGCUCAGGCAGAGUUAAAGGAGGCUAAAAAGUACGCCCAGAUUAGUAACAGUCUAGGCUUGAUGGAAGAAGGAGGUAUCAUAAGAUGUAAGGGUAGACUGCGUAACUCUGAGCUAGAGUACAACACGAAACACCCAAUCAUUAUUCCCAAGGAUAAUAGAUUAACUGAGCUGAUUGUCAGAAAAUGUCACAGUGAAGUGCACCAUUGUGGGGUUAGGGCAACCUUGGGCAGGCUAAGGACGAAAUAUUGGGUCGUGAAGGGAAGGCAAAUGGUAAAGCGAGUUAUAGGUAAAUGCGUCACCUGUAAGAAAUUAGAAGGAAGGGCAUAUGGGGGGAGACAGAUGGCAGAUUUACCAGGCUUUCGAGUGAAGGAAGCUGCUCCUUUUUCUAAUGUGGGAGUAGAUUUUGCAGGUCCAUUGUUUGUUAGGUGUUGCACCAAGGCAUCCAAGAAGGCGUAUAUCGCAUUAUUUUCCUGUUGUGUGACUCGAGCAAUACAUUUAGAGCUAGUGCGUGAUUUGUCUGCGGAGACAUUUCUGUGUUGCAUGAGAAGAUUUGCAGCGAGGAGAGGAAUGCCGAGCCUAAUAGUGUCAGACAACGCCAAGACGUUUAAGGCAGCAGAGAGAGCAGUAAAGAAGUUGUUUAAUCAACCUAAAGUAAAAGCAGAAUUAUUAACGAAGCGAGUAACUUGGAGGUUUAACUUAGAAAGAUCGCCUUGGUGGGGAGGAUGGCAAAGUGAGUAUCUCAUAGGGUUACGAGAGUUUCAUAGAAGUGGUAAUCGAAAGGCAAGAAGUUUGAAGGAGGGCGAAGUAGUUGUAGUUUAUGGAGAAGGAGAGAAGCGAGGCAAGUGGAAACUAGGGAAGGUAGAACAGCUAAUUUUAGGAAAUGACAGCGAGGUUAGGGGAGCUAAGUUAAGAAUAGCAGGAAAGGGUAAACCAGUUUACCUGAAAAGACCGGUGCAGAAACUUUACCCGUUGGAAAUUCAAGCUCGACCGGGUGGGAACGGGACGGAAGGGAAUUCCCCUUCAGGUGAGGCAGAGGGUUCCUUGCAUGAUCUGCAUGAGCGUCCGAGACGAGCUGCUGCUGAGAUUUCAAAAGCGAAGACAAGGGUGAUGCUUGAUUCAUAG